GCUAUUUUUAUUCGAAGCUGAUACUUCUGCCUGAGCCACAAGUGCUGCCUGGAAAGGGCUCAGGUUGUUUCCAGGGGGAGAACUCUGCAGAGAAGAAACCAAGUUCAACAGGACAACAAAAGAGCAGCAGGAACAGCCAGGAAAAGGAAGCGACCUCCCGCUUUCACACAGAGCCCCCAUCAGAGUUCUCCAGUCCUAAAGUAUCCUGCAGAGUGCCACUUGACCGGAAUUCUUGCCUGCCUUUUCCUUUCUCCAACCACCAUGACUGAGAUCACGGCUGAAGGAAAUGCAUCUACAACCACAACUGUGAUAGACAGCAAGAAUGGAUCUGUGCCCAAGUCACCUGGAAAAGUGCUGAAGAGGACAGUCACAGAGGACAUAGUGACAACAUUCAGCUCCCCAGCAGCCUGGCUUCUGGUCAUCGCUCUCAUCAUCACAUGGUCAGCUGUGGCCGUUGUUAUGUUUGACUUAGUGGAUUACAAAAACUUAUCAGCAAGCUCUAUUUCCAAGAUUGGCUCAGAUCCUCUAAAACUUGUACAUGAUGCUGUGGAGGAAACCACCGACUGGGUCUAUGGCUUCUUUUCUUUGCUGUCUGACAUCAUCUCAUCUGAAGGCGAUGAAGAAGAUGAUGAUGAUGGAGAGGAGGACACUGAUAAAGGAGAAAUAGAGGAGCCUCCCUUGAAAAAAAAAGAAAUACACAAAGAAAAGACUGAAAAACUGGAGAAACCUGAAAGGAAAAUACAAACUAAAGUUACACAUAAAGAAAAAGACAAGGUAAAAGAAAAAGAAAAACCUGAAAAGAAAGCAACUCACAAGGAAAAAAUUCAGAAAAAAGAAAAACCAGAAACAAAGACAGUGGCAAAAGAAGAGAAGAAAGCUAAGACUAGAGAAAAGACUGAAGAAAAGAUAAGAAAGGAAGUGAAAGGUGUGAAACAGGAGAAAGUGAAGCAAACAGCUACUCAAGUAAAAGAAGUACAGAAAACAUCACCCAAACCUAAAAAGGACGAGAAAGAUGCUGCAGCUGUGUCCAAGCAUGAACAGAAAGGUAAACAUUCAGAGGAGGCGGCCAGAGGUUCUAAGAGAGUGUUGGGCAAGAAACAGAUGCAGUGAAAUUAAAAACUGAAAAAGAUGAAGAUCAGACUUCAGAAGGGAGUAAAAAAUGUGUAUAAGUGAAUAUGCAUGAAAGGAAAUGCAAUAAUUGGGGAAUUAAAAUUUAUCUAUAGAAAUGCUAAACUGUGUUCACAUAUCUAAAGAUGCAUGUUGAAGCAUUUUUAAAAGAGAAUUUGCAUUAGUAUCUGAAAUUAUUUAAAGGAAACAUACUCUUUGUCCUUUGUGUACUCUUUGAAGAACAACCAUCCAGGAAAAUGACAGCAAAUUUAUUAAAAGGUAUAUCUUCAAAUCAUAUAGAAUAAGUAUCAGAAAAAGUAUCCAUACAUCCCUGUAGCUCUGCAAGAGCACAUAAUUCAGAAGAUACAUUGAAUUAUUAAAUCCAUUUUGUCCAAUGACUAAAUUUAUGACCUUAGAAAACUUUGUAUCUUACAUAUAGUGCUGCUUUUCAGUAAGACUGAUGUCAAACUUACAUCCAGACUUCACAGAAAUAGAGCAAUUAAGUGGAGGUAGAAUGUAAACUUGACAUUCUUUAAAGAAAGGUGUUUGUAAACAUAGAAGGGUGGAGUUUUAAGAGGUUCCCUGAGGACCUUAUCUCAAACAUCUCCAGCCCUUGUUGACUGUUUCCUUGCCUAAAUCCACUCCUGGUUGAAAGUUGGUACAGUCUUCAGCUUCCCCACACAGAUUGUGGGAUCUUCUCUGGGCAGACUAUUCCUAUCAAUGUUUUUUAAACAUUAAAAUGUUUUCCUUAUUCUGAUAGUUUCAAUAAUUUUAGUUGAGGGCUAAAGUUAAGACUUGUUUCUAUAAGAUUUGCAUUUAAAAAGUUAAACAUGUCGUUACUGAGUAAGCUAUUUGGACCAUGAAACUGAAAAUAAGUUUUCCUACUAUAAGGUACAAGGUAUGGAAUUUGAGAACCAUGCUCUUUUUGUUUUAGAUUCUACAUAAAGAUGAAAUUAUAUUGUGUUUGUCUUUGUAAUCCACUCUCAUAUUUUACCUUUGAAUCACUUUUUUCCCUGAAUGCAGAAGUAAUAUUUGGAUAUGUUUGUUUAUAUGAAGGAAAAGGUAUCUUUUUUCAAAGUACAUUUUGAAAGG